CGGUGGACUGAUGGUAUGGCCCUGCCAAGUCACGCGCUUUGGGUUUAGCACUGGCUGCUGCAGUUGAAGGCACCGUGGGUGAAUGCUCCUACUUUGAUUUCGGCCAGCCCCUCUCGACGAAAAUGUCGAGUCUUCACAUAUGACUGCUGUUGGGAUGGCUGACUUCCGUGGCAGGUCUUCGUGUGCGCUAGUCUAGGUGGACUGGUGGAGGUGUGAUUCUGCUAAGUGUAAGGCCUCUUCACUACAAGUCACCAUGAAUGCCAUCGUCGCCCUCUGUCACUUCUGUGAGCUCCAUGGCCCUCGAACUCUGUUCUGCACGGAGGUUCUUCACGCACCCCUGCCCCAGGGUGCUGGGAACGGGGACAGCUCUGGCCAGGGGGAGCAGGCUGAGGAGGAGGAAGGCGGCAUUCAGAUGAGCAGUCGGGUCCGUGCCCACAGCCCAGCCGAAGGAGCCAGUGCUGAGUCUAGCAGCCCAGGGCCCAAAAAGUCGGACAUGUGCGAGGGCUGCCGGUCACUCGCUGCAGGGCACCCAGGCUAUAUCAGCCACGAUAAAGAGACUUCGAUUAAGUACGUCAGUCACCAGCAUCCCAACCACCCACAGCUCUUCAGCAUUGUCCGCCAGGCCUGUGUCCGGAGCCUGAGCUGCGAGGUGUGCCCUGGCCGUGAAGGGCCCAUCUUCUUUGGGGAUGAGCAGCACGGUUUUGUGUUCAGCCAUACCUUCUUCAUUAAAGACAGCCUGGCCAGGGGCUUCCAGCGCUGGUACAGCAUCAUUGCCAUCAUGAUGGACCGGAUUUACCUCAUCAAUUCCUGGCCCUUCCUUCUUGGAAAGAUCCGAGGGAUCAUUGAUGAGCUCCAGGGGAAGGCCCUCAAGGUGUUCGAGGCGGAGCAGUUUGGAUGCCCCCAGCGUGCUCAGAGGAUGAACACGGCAUUCACACCUUUCCUGCACCAGAGGAACGGCAAUGCGGCCCGCUCUCUCACUUCCUUGACCAGUGAUGACAACUUGUGGGCCUGUCUGCAUACCUCCUUUGCCUGGCUCCUGAAAGCAUGUGGCAGCCGGCUGACAGAGAAGCUCCUGGAGGGCGCGCCAACAGAGGACACCUUGGUGCAGAUGGAGAAGCUCGCUGAUUUAGAAGAGGAAUCAGAAAGCUGGGACAACUCUGAGGCUGAAGAAGAGGAGAAGGCCCCUGUAUUGCCAGAGAGCACGGAAGGGCGGGAGCUGAGCAAGUGUCUGACAGAUUCAUCCUUGUUGUCAGACUGUGGAAACUGGCAACCCCGGAAGCUAUCUGUGUUCAAAUCCCUUCGGCACAUGAGACAGGUGCUAGGGGCCCCGUCCUUCCGCAUGUUGGCCUGGCAUGUUCUCAUGGGGAACCAGGUGAUCUGGAAAAGCAGAGACGUGGACCUGGUCCAGUCAGCAUUUGAAGUUCUUAGGACCAUGCUGCCCGUAGGCUGCGUCCGCAUCAUCCCAUAUAGCAACCAGUAUGAGGAGGCCUAUCGGUGCAACUUCUUGGGGCUCAGCCCGCACGUGCAGAUCCCCGUCCAUGUGCUGUCCUCAGAGUUUGUCGUCAUCGUGGAGGUCCACACAGCUACGCGUUCCACCCUCCAUCCAGUUGGGUAUGAGGAUGACCAGUCUCUCAGCAAGUAUGAAUUUGUAGUGACCAGUGGGAGCCCAGUGGCUGCAGACCGAGUUGGUCCCACCAUCCUGAAUAAGAUUGAAGCAGCGCUGACCAAUCAGAACCUGUCUGUGGAUGUGGUGGACCAGUGCCUUGUCUGCCUGAAGGAGGAGUGGAUGAACAAAGUGAAAGUCCUCUUUAAAUUCACCAAGGUGGACAGUCGGCCCAAGGAGGACACACAGAAGCUCCUGAGUGUGCUCGGUGCAUCAGAGGAAGACAAUGUCAAGCUGUUGAAAUUCUGGAUGACAGGCCUGAGCAAGACCUACAAGUCGCACCUCAUGUCCACAGUCCGCAGCCCCAUUGCCUCUGAGUCUCGUAACUGACCCUGGUGGGUUUUGUCUCCAUGUGUACUUCUGGGAACCAUGGUGGCAGUGCACAGGCUGUCUUCCAGCUCUUUGAGAGGAGAGACUGCUGCUGAGUUUCUGAACUGCAGGCGUACAGUCGGGUCCUGGCUUGGGAUGGAAACUGCUGGGCUGGGCUUUGUCUUGUGGCUCAGGGCAUGUGUGGUUCUUGGCACAUUCCGUAGCUGUCAGCCGCCUGCCUGAAGAAUUCAGCAGGGACUGUGCGCAGCUCCAUGAAGGAGACUCAGGAGCACGGAACUGUUGUGCCUCAGGGAUGCAGUCUCAGGACUGAGUGGAGGACCCAGGUGUUCAGCUGCAGUAACCUAUCCUGUCUUGGGGUCAGCAUCUGAACCUUUUCAUUUUGAAAUGCAGCAGGUUCCCUGCACUUUGUGUUUAUGUGUAUGAUUUGCUGUUUGUGAAUAUUGUUGACAAACUCCUAUCUGGUCAGUUUUAGACAUCUGCUUUUAGGUUGAGGACCUGCAAAGGCUUUGGGAGGUGAAGUGGCUGUUCUCCGUGUCACUGGGUCCUCUGAAAUUCAUGCUCUAAGACAGCACGGAGCCAUGCUGCCAAGAAUACACUCUUGUGAGUGUAUUCCCCUGUGUUGCUGUGGAGUUAACCUGUGGCUUAACGGACGCAGCCCUUGGCUUUACACAAAGAUGGACCUUUGCUGAGGCAUUGGGUUGCCCUGACCUGACCAACUCAUCAUAGACAGCGAAACCCACCAUGGCUUCCUGGUGAGUUGCUUUCCUCUAUAUCAUACAGCUUUAACAAGGAGUCAUAGCUUGGAAGGAUUUUUGGCAGUUUUCUCCAUUUGUUUAUAGGUUUUUUUGGGUUCAUUUAAUUUAUAUUUAACACAAAGACUUAAGUGUAUUGUGAUGAAGUCUCUGUAUAAUACAUGCACAUUGAAACAUAAUAAAUAUCUAUUUUUGUAA